AUGCAGAUAUUUCCCGGAGCAAUAGGUGCACUAGAUGGAACACUUGUACAUGCAGUUGUGCCUGUUGAACAACAAACUUGUUAUAGGGGAAGAGGAAAAUGUGAAUGUUAUCAAAAUGUAAUUGGAAUUUGUAAUUUUGAUAUGAUAUUCACCUUUGUAUGGGCUGGAUGGGAGGGUAGAGCACAUGAUUCUAAAGUUUUGAAAGAAGUUGCAUUUAACCCAACUUCCAGAUUUCCAUUCCCUCCACCAGAUAAAUAUUACCUUUGUGAUGCCGCAUGCACCAACACCCAUGGAUUUAUGGCCCCCUACCGCAAUACUAGGAAAUACGAUAUUGAAGAUGAAUUAUUUACGAACUUUGAACAAAACACUAUUGUUACUCAUAAUGUGGGUGGUGGAGGAAAUGAGGGUCAAAACAUAGAAGACAUAGAAUGGGGUUCAGAAACCGUUAACUAUAUGACUAUUUUGCGUGACCAAAUUGCUAAUCAGUUACUUUCAAAUGGUUCACGUUAA